GCAGUUGUCCUAUUUUACUCCUUCGACGAUAUCAAAAGUCUAGUUUCCAUUCAAGUUAAUUUUCAUUUCCUCCCCUUUUUGAAACGGAACACUACUUCCACGUCGAAAACCACUCCAGAGAACAUAUCGUUUACACCUCCUCUCGUCCUACCCCCGCUAACAGACAUGUCCAUACCUCGCACUAUCCGCCAAGCUUUCAUCGCCACUGAGCAAGCAGAGGGUGCAGGUGCCCGCGUCCGCAGAUCAAUCGGUACCCAUAAACUGCGGAACUUCAGCCCAUUCCUGCUACUCGACCACUUUACAAUCGGCAGCGGCGCCGGAUUCCCAGACCAUCCACAUCGAGGGCAGGAGACUAUCACCUACCUUCUGUCCGGAGGCGUAGAUCAUGAAGACUUUGCCGGACACAAGGGCACAAUCGGUCCCGGCGAUCUCCAGUUCAUGACUGCCGGCAGGGGUAUAAUGCACGCGGAAAUGCCCCAUGAGAAUCCGGACGGCAGUCCGAACGUUGGCAUGCAGCUGUGGGUUGAUUUACCCGAGAAGUUGAAGAUGUGUGAACCUCGAUACCGUGAUCUGCGUGCGACAGAGAUUCCGGUGGCGAAUGUCGAUGAGGGCAAGGUUUCCGUUAAGGUGAUAUCUGGGCAAUCGCACGGUGUCGAUUCCGUGCGUGACUUGGCCUACACCCCCGUCUGGAUAUUCGACAUCACGAUACGCCCGGGAGGGAAGAUUUCGCAAAUGCUCCCGCAAGGGUGGAAUUCAUUUGCAUACACGCUGAGCGGCACUACGAGCUUUGGCGCAGGUGGCGAAUCGAACCUCACUCCGACAUCUUCCCUAGCAAACCCUUCACCUGCUAAAGCUGUGGGCCCCUUCUAUAACAUUGUAUUCGACCAGGCUGGUGAUUUUGUGCAGGCUUCGAAUGCAGAGGAUUCGAAAGAGGACUCGCGGUUUAUGCUUGUUGCUGGCCAGCCCCUCGAUCAGAAAGUUGUGCAGUAUGGUCCGUUUGUGCUGAAUAGCAAUGAGCAGGUGCAGCAGGCCAUGAUGGAUUAUCAGACCAAUUCCAAUGGUUUUGAAAGGGCGAAGGGAUGGCGGAGUGAAAUUGGGAAAAGAAUGGGGUAGGCGUGUUAGUAUUGAUUUUUAUUGAUCACCUCUGUAUGAGCACAAAAGCUUGUUGUUUGUGCUGGAAUUUGUAUAUUUAGCGAUACCUCCAUCAAUAUUUUAUUGAGUUUGAAUUAAA